CUGCGCAGCUUGCCAAGGCUACACAGGCUGGCUGUUCUGGGAUACACAGUGGAACACUGAAGCCCCAAACUAACUCUCUGAUCUAUCUUGCCAGCUCCCAAAAAGAUGCCUGCUGUCUGCAAUUCUUUUCUUGAUGACAUUGAAGAUAUUGUGUCAGCACAAGAUUUGAAACCAUAUGACCAACAGUUUAGGAGAAAAAAUGUUGUUCCUAAAGUACGAAAACGCCUUUUACAAAAGAAUGUAGAAGCAGAUGAUGAUCCCCCCAGUGACAGUGUUAUUCCUGGUGUACAAAAAAUUUGGGUACGCACAUGGGGAUGUUCUCAUAAUAGUUCAGAUGGAGAAUACAUGGCUGGACAGCUGGCUGCUUAUGGAUACACAAUUACUGAUAAUGCUGCAGAAGCAGACCUCUGGCUGUUGAACAGUUGCACUGUAAAAAGCCCUGCUGAAGACCAUUUUAGAAAUUCAAUUAAGAAAGCACGGGAAGAAAAAAAGAAAGUUGUCCUAGCUGGAUGUGUUCCACAAGCCCAGCCACGGCAAGACUACAUGCAAGGCCUGAGCAUUAUUGGGGUUCAGCAGAUAGAUCGUGUUGUGGAAGUUGUUGAAGAAACUAUUAAAGGUCACUCUGUGAGAUUGCUGGGUCAGAAGAAGGAUAAUGGAAAGCGGCUGGGGGGAGCUCGAUUGGACUUGCCAAAGAUUAGAAAGAACCCACUGAUAGAAAUAAUUUCCAUCAAUACAGGUUGUCUGAAUGCAUGCACCUACUGCAAAACUAAGCAUGCCAGAGGAGAUUUGGCAAGUUAUGCUAUUGAAGAACUGGUAAACAGAGCCAGACAAUCCUUUCAAGAAGGUGUAUGCGAAAUAUGGCUGACCAGUGAAGACACUGGGGCUUAUGGGCGAGAUAUUGACACAGACCUGCCUACUCUCUUGUGGAAGCUGGUGGAAGUGAUCCCUGAGGGAGCAAUGCUGAGACUUGGCAUGACAAAUCCUCCCUAUAUUUUAGAGCAUCUGGAGGAAAUGGCAAAGAUUCUCAACCAUCCAAGAGUUUAUGCUUUUCUUCAUGUACCAGUUCAGUCUGCCUCUGAUAGUGUCCUCAUGGAUAUGAAGCGGGAAUACUGUAUAGCUGACUUCAGAAGAGUUGUGGAUUUCCUUAAAGAAAAGGUGCCUGGAAUAACAGUUGCUACAGACAUCAUUUGUGGGUUUCCAGGGGAAACAGAUGAAGAUUUUCAAGAAACCAUGAAGCUUGUAGAAGCAUAUAAGUUUCCAAGUCUUUUUAUUAAUCAGUUUUACCCACGCCCUGGGACCCCUGCUGCAAGAAUGCCUCAGGUUCCAGCCCAGAUAAAAAAACAAAGAACAAAAGAACUAUCCAGAUUGUUUCAUUCAUAUGACCCAUAUGAUCACAAGAUUGGGGAACGACAGAAGGUUCUGGUGACAGAAGAAUCAUUUGAUUCCAAGUUUUAUGUUGCUCAUAAUCGAUUCUACGAACAGGUUCUCGUGCCAAAGAACCCUGAAUUCAUGGGUAAAAUGGUGGAAGUGGACAUUUUUGAAGCAGGGAAGCACUUUAUGAGGGGGCAGCCAGUGUCAGAUGCCAACGUGUUCACCCCAUCCAUCACUAGACCAUUAGCCAAAGGAGAAGUUUCUGGCUUAACAGAGGAGUUCAGACAUGCACUGGAGAACAGCUCAGAAUCAAAAGCCUGUCCAUCUGCUAAGAAUCAAAAUGUACCAUUGAGCCGCAGGAUGGGGAUGUGGUUACCUUGGCAACGGUGGAGAAGUGCAGUCAAGAUGCUGUCAUUGAGUGUGGCUCUGCUGGCAGUCCUUAUUGCUUUUUACUAUGAAGGUGUUUAAGGGGGAAAGUGGAACUGAACUAUGAUUGCAUCAGGAAAUAUGAUUUGGUGAUUUGAAAACUUCAUAGUCAAAUGUUGGAUAAUAAUUUAUAUUGCAAGGCCUUACCUGAGAGCCACAAUCUGGAUUCAGUUCUGAUAUACUGAUCUAGGCUAUUCAGUUUUUUUUAAAGCUCAAGAUACCAGUCUCUAAUAAAGACUUCUACAUAUUAAUUUUCAGUUUUUAAAAACUGUGAAUAUCUCUGUGACAUAUAUACAUUUUAUAAUAGUUCUACAUGGAUGAACAUUUUUAGGAGAUUAAGUUAUUAAAAUAUUUUUUCUUAAGGCA